AGUCCUGACUAACGUCAAAGUCAACUGUCAAACAAAUCUCAAGAACAGUAAAUCCUCUAAUUUUACGCUUAAUUACAUGAGCCAGUGUGUUGGACUUUAAAACAAUGUUAAAAAAUCGAAAAAUAAGGUCUUGUUAGUCAAAACCAUACGUCAGGUGAAAUGAAUGACCAAUCUAAGAUGUCUGGCGAGACGACAGUUGCAGUUGAGGACGGAGAAGGCGGACCCCCCUCGCCGGAUACGGCGAGGCGCGAACUCGAAGAAGAAUUUAACAUCCAGAGAGCAAAAAUGAAAGAGCUUUUUUUACAGAAAGAAGAGGACAUGCGUAAGAUGGUGAUAGAGCGUGAACAGCUGCAGUCGGAGGUGCUGAGCCUGCGCGCCGCACUACAGCAGCUGCAGACCCUCAGCCACAACCAGAAGUCGGAGAUACAGAGUUUACAGCUACUUGUCAGUGAGACGGUGGAGGCGUCGUCGUCUGGCACUGAGGAGGUGCGACGGCUGCGAGCGCGCACACUUGACCUCGAGCACCAGCUGCGACAGCAGCAGCAAGCGGAGCUGUCACUGGCGCCGGCCACCUUCGUGCGCUCGUUAGCGCGCAAACUAGGCGCCGACACUGACACAGAACAGCCUGUUAGAAAGCAAAAUAUAGAAGAUAACGAGCUGCUGAACUCCAUCAUCCAGCCGCUGGAGCUGGAGAUAUCCGCGCUCAAGAACAAGCUUAGAGAGACGGAUGCACAGCUGCAGGACGCUUUGAAAGCGAAGGCAGCGGCGGCGAGCGCUGCGCCCACGACCGGUUCCGGAGGCGACGCCAAGCAGGACACAGAGGGUGUGCGACGCUGUGACAUGUGCGCCAACUACGAGCGCCAGCUGGUGAGCGAGCAGGGCCGCGCUGACGCAGCACGCGACAAGGCCAAGCAGCUCGAGCAGGCGCUCAAACUUGCGACGGAGGAGCUGGAGGGCGUGCGGUCGCUGCACGAGGAGACGCUGCGGGCGGCGGCGGGGUGGCGCGCGGAGGGCGGGGCGCAGCUGGCGGCGCUGGCGGAGCGCCUGGCGGCCGCCACGGCCGCGCUGGAGGAGCGCCAGGCCGCCGCCGCAGCCGCCGAGCAGCGCGCCCUGCACACCGUCACCACGCUCACCGUCGACAGGGAGACGCUGCAGAGGAAACUUGACGCUUUAGAACGAGACAACGCCAUGCUGGUAGGACAGUAUAUGAAGAAAGCGGAAGACAUGCAGAAUGAAAUAAUAGAUCUACCUGAUAAUGUGGAGGAGCUGCAGGAGCAGCAGCUGCGGCUGCGCGAGCAGCUGAUCGUGUGCGAGGUGGGGCGCGAGGAGGCGGUGGCGGCGGAGCGCGACCUGCGCGCGCAGCUGCUGCACCACGGCGCACUCUUCCACCGCCAGGAGGAGGCGCUCGCCGCCACCAGAGAACAGCUCAAGGCCGCCAAGGAGGAGCUGGACCGGCUGCAGACGGAGCGCGAGCAGAUGCAGCAGCUGGCGGACAAGCUGCGACACUCCAACGACAUGAUCGAGCAGCUGCUGGAGGACAAGAAGCGGCUGCAGAACGAGGUGUGCGAGGUGCGGGGGCGAGUGCACGCGCUGCAGCUGGAGCUGGACAACAGCGAGAAGGUGCAGCAGGACUUCGUGCGGCUGUCGCAGUCGCUGCAGGUGCAGCUGGAGCGGAUCCGCGAGGCCGACACCGAGGUGCGGUGGCAGCACGACGAGGACGUCAGCGAGUGCCCCGCCUGCCACACCGCCCUGCCCAACAACAAGAAGAAGGUGCACUGCCGACAUUGCGGCCGCAUCUUCUGCGGCGCGUGUGUGUCCCACACGGUGGCGAGUGGGCCUCGCGGAGCCCCCGCCCGCGUCUGCGGAGUCUGCCGCACUCUGCUGCAGCCGCACGCCGCACCGUACUUCAGCACCGAGCCGCCGCAGUGAACCUCAUCUCUACAGUAUCCUGCAGAUUGGUGAUUAUGUCUGGAAAUUCAUUGAAUUGUGAGCACCAAGUCCCUCUGUCUUCCAGAAGACCGCAACCGCGACUAGAGUGCAAC